GUUUUUUCAGAGUGUUCCAAGAGGCAAGCUUUGGAAUUUUCUUGGGGCUUCAGCUGGAUUAUUCUUCAAUUUGAAAACCCACUGAAGGAUAAGUGUUUCCUGGUUACAAUGGCUAGUUAUUGUGCUGACACUGCUUACCUGGUCCUGGUAGGUUUCCCUCUUCUUCUUGUAACUGCUUCCAUGUUUUUUUGCUGAGUUGGUGUAGAAUCUUUUACCAUCACUUUCUGAGAUAAAAAAAAGCUCGAGCUUCUGAUCAAAGUUCUUAACUUGGGUCAUCCAGUUUCUUAUAAUCAAUCUUUACUGUUUCUCUUUUUCAUUUUUGCUUGUCCUACUUUGCUUUGCUUAUGGGAUCUGCACAAGUCAACUGCAAAAUCUUCUUUGCUAAAUGUUGUGCUUUGAAUUUGUGUUUUCUUCGUCAUUCCGUAUUCAUUGGCUUCUUCUAAGUCCCAAUUGUUGUAAAAUGUGAUGUUUUUAUCUGAAUGAGCCUAAAGUUUUUUUUUGUUCAACUUAAUCAAAUUUAUCUGUGACUCCAUUGUGCCUCUUUCUUACUAUUGACAAUCAUCACCCUUUCGUUAUUUCCAAAUUCCUAAGAUUGUUGUUGUUGUUACAUGGGAUUUAUGUUGCAAGAAGAAGGGUCAUCUUCUGUAACUCCUUCACCACUGCAGUUUUUCUCCAUGAUGUCACUUUCACCUAGCUUAGGAUCUCCGAAUUUCUUGCUUAGAGAACUGAAACCCGAGGAAAGGGGUUUGUACUUGAUCCAUUUGUUGCUCUCUUGUGCAAAUCAUGUUGCUGCUGGAAGUCUUGAAAAUGCAAAUACCACACUUGAGCAAAUUUCCCUUCUUGCAUCCCCUGAUGGGGAUACUAUGCAGCGGAUUGCAGCAUAUUUUUCAGAAGCACUUGCUGAUAGAAUACUUAAAACAUGGCCUGGGAUUCACAGAGCACUCAACUCAACUAGAAUGAUUAUGGUUUCUGAAGAAAUUCUUGUUCAGAAGCUCUUCUUUGAGCUUUUCCCUUUCUUGAAGGUAGCUUUUGCUCUGACAAAUCAGGCAAUCAUUGAAGCAAUGGAAGGGGAGAAAAUGAUUCAUAUAAUCGAUCUCAAUGCUGCUGAACCUGCUCAGUGGAUUUCUCUCCUCCAAGUUUUGAGUGCACGUCCUGAAGGCCCUCCUCAUUUGAGAAUCACUGGUGUUCAUCAGAAGAAAGAGAUUCUGGAUCAGAUAGCUCAUAGGCUGACUGAAGAAGCAGAAAAGUUGGAUAUACCAUUCCAGUUCAAUCCUGUAGUCAGCAAAUUGGAAAACCUUGAUUUUGACAAACUUCGUGUAAAAACUGGGGAGGCACUAGCAAUAAGUUCUAUUCUCCAAUUGCAUUCCCUUUUAGCUUUGGAUGAUGAAGCCAUGCAGAGAAAAUCUCCUCUUCUGUCAAAAAGCUCAAAUGGAAUUCACCUGCAAAGAGUGCUGCCAAUGAGCCAAAGCACAUUGGGUGAUUUGCUUGAGAAAGAUAUGGUUAAUGGGUAUACGUAUACCCCAAGUCCUGACUCAACCUCAUCGUCACCAGCAUCUUUAAGUACUUCAAAUUUGAUGAACAUGGAAAGCUUUCUUAAUGCCUUGUGGGUAUUAUCACCAAAGGUCAUGGUUGUAACAGAACAAGACUCUAAUCAUAAUGGUUCAACUCUAAUGGAGAGGCUACUAGAAGCUCUAUAUUCUUAUGCAGCAUUAUUUGAUUGUGUGGAAUCCACUGUCUCAAGAACAUCCUUGGAGAGAUUUAGGGUGGAGAAGAUGCUUUUUGGUGAGGAAAUCAAGAACAUAAUUGCAUGUGAGGGGUCUGAACGAAAGGAAAGGCAUGAAAAGCUGGAUAAGUGGUUCCAGAGAUUUGAUUUAGCUGGGUUUGGUAACGUGCCUUUAAGUUAUUUUGGUAUGUUGCAAGCAAAUCGGUUGCUACAAAGCUAUGGUUGUGAGGGAUACAGAAUGAGGGACGAAAAUGGUUGUGUACUAAUUUGCUGGCAGGAUCGGUCCUUGUUUUCAAUAUCAGCUUGGAGAUCUAGGAAGUAAGACAUAAUUAAAAGACAUAACUAAUAGGGAUUUGUAUUGAUGGUAAUAUUUUUUCUUUCUUUCUUUUCUUUGUAUGAAAGUAUUUUGUCUGUAUGGUAAUGAAUAUUCAUGAAGAUGAGUUUUUAAACAUACUCCUAUUUCCCAAUAUACUCCAUCAAGAGAGAAAUAUUUGGGAAGACAAAGAAAGGCAAAAGAAGAGGGACAGAAGAAAUGAAAAGAUUUAA